AUGUUGAUCUUACGCAGAAAGACAGCAGGUGCUGUUCUUUUAAUCUCCCUGAUUGCACUUUCUGUUUGGGUUUUUCGACUCUCGAGCAAAGAUAGUUUGCGAGAACGCAUUUACGGCGAAAUCUUCGAUGCAAUCAAAGCGGCUAAGCCCGUAGACCCUCCUAAGGAUCGGUUGGCAUUCCGACUGAAUGGGUGCGACAUGCAGGGUGUCGGUGUCAAUAGAGGUGACCAAAUCGAUCGAGCCGUAUUCGAGAAUCUGGAUCGUUGCUAUACUUUGACAGAACCGUACUUCAGGGGACUACAGCAACCACACAUGGAGUUUCUGGAAUUUCUGCAGGAAUCACUCGAUUUCGAGCCUGAAUCUCCGGUGUUCGACCAUUUGUUCCCGCGCGAAGAAGGCAUUAUCACCGUUGGAGGUGGUCGGUUCUCGUUGUUGACUUAUUCGAUGAUCAAAGUUCUGCGCGAACACAAUACCACACUGCCAGUAGAGGUUAUCAUCCCGCCACAGGACGAAGGCGAUAACGACUACUGCAACAACGUGUUACCCGCAUUAAACGCCAAGUGUGUGUACUUUCGUGACGUCUUGCCCAAGUCGCUGCUCAAGGACUGGAAGUUCGAGCGGUAUCAGAUUAAGGCCGUUGCGUUGCUCAUUUCCAGCUUCAAAAAAGUCCUUUACAUUGACGCCGAUAACUUCCCACUCAAGAACCUGGAUGGAAUUUUCGAGUCAAACGUUUUCGAAGAAAACGGGCUCGUACUAUGGCCAGAUCUGUGGCGCCGUAUGACUGCUCCUGUGUUUUAUCGCAUUGCCAACGUCGAGGUGGAUUUUUUGAAACGCGUCCGGUCGCUAGGUGACGACGUAUCGCCCCCAUCAAGGUAUUCUGCGUUUGCGCCUGAUGAGAUGUACAAUAAGAAAAGCGUUCCAUUCCACGAUCUGUUGGGCACUGUGCCAGACUCAGCUUCCGAGUCAGGGCAGUUGCUAGUUGAUAAAACGAGACAUUUCCAAACGUUGCUCUUGGCGCUCUACUAUAAUGUUUAUGGACCCGAGUGGUACUACUCCUUGUUCUCGCAAGGAACCGCUGGUGAGGGCGAUAAAGAAACCUUUGCCGUGGCUGCACACGUUCUACGUCGAAAAUACUAUCAGGUGAAAACGAAACUAUCGUUCGACGGCUACUGGACGAAAGGCCCAAGCUUUCACGGAGUCGCGUUGUUACAGUACGACUGCGUCAACGAUUACGAGCUAUAUCAAAAAGCCAAAGAGACAGUAAAGCGCGAAAAGAAGAAAUACAGCUUGUACGAUCCCAAUUACGAUUCAGAACUAAGUUUCUACAAAAGCCUGAUGAGACCAACCUCAGAUGUGCCCAUCGACGUAAUGUUUGCGCAUGCGAGUUUCCAUAAAUUUGAUCCCUGGGGGCUUUACAAGGAAGGUGUGUACUUGAACGAAGAUGGCACCCAGUUCCGUUCAUUUCUGUCUUUGCAGAAACUGAACUGGUUUGACAUUGAACUGUUUAACUUUAGACUUUUGGAUCAAUCCUUGUGUGGGAAGUCGCCCAUCGACUUCAAGUACCUCCGCGAUAAGUAUAAUGACCCAGAGUGGCCACGGAUGUGCAAAUAUGUGAAAGACAGAGUCUCGUACCUCGAAGAUUCGCAUGACGAGGCCAUCAAGAAGCCUUAG